CUUUCUGUUUUCUUUACUUCGAUAUAAUUCUUCUCCUCUACAAGUUCCACUAGUGAAUCCCAUGAACCCCUUAUGAAUUUUUAUUUUGGGGGAAGAUUUUUUGUCCCUUGAUCUACUGAUCAAUAUCGAUGGAUUUCGUUGAAUUAGAGGCGAUCGAAGGCCUUCGUUGGUCAUGGAGUGCUUGGCCGGCUUCCAGAUCCGAAGCUUCGGCUCUGGUGAUCCCUUUGAGCAUCAUGUGUACUCCAUUGAUGCAAUUCAACGAGCUUCCUCUUCUCCCUUAUGAUCCUCUUAUCUGCAAUCGUUGCGGUGGUGUAUUGAACCCUUACGCCCGUGUCAAUUACCAGUCCCGCUUGUGGGUUUGCCCGUUUUGUUAUCAAAAGACUCCAUUCCCUCGUUCUUAUACUGGAAUCGGGGAGAAUAGUAUUCCUGCCGAGCUUUUUCCGACUUACAGUACGGUCGAGUACCUUCAUGUUCGUAAGAACCCAUGUCCCACAGCAACUCCCAGUUCAAGCGCGAAUUGGGUUCAGAAUGGGUUUUCGUCCUCGUCUUCUUUGGUUUCUUCUUUUUCUUCGUCUUCGUUGUCUGGUGUUGAUUCACGAGUAAGUGGACCUGCGUUUGUGUUUGUCGUCGACACUUGCACUCCAGAAGAGGAACUUCGGGCGCUCAAGAAUGAACUGUCGCAUGUUGUGGCCCAGUUGCCAGAGAAUGCGGUGGUUGGGCUGGUCACUUUUGACUCCAUGGUUUGUGUUCAUGACCUUGGCUUUGCUGACUGCAUGAGGGCUGUGGUGUUUCAUGGCGAACGCGAACUCUCAUCUAAUCGGAUCCAGGAGUUAUUGGGCGUUUCCUGUCCGAAACAUGAACAAUAUGGAAAGUUGUCAGCCAUCCAAAAGCAGGGUUUUCUGCUUCCACUUUCUGAAUGUGAGUUCAACCUCACCACAAUAAUUGAAGAUAUCCAUUCUUCAGUGCAGGCAUUGUCUGGCCAUCGUCCUCUAAGAUCCACUGGAGUGGCUAUUUCGGCUUCCAUUGGACUCUUAGAAGCAUGUUUAUCCAAGACAGGCAGUCGAGUCAUGGUUUUCACAUCUGGCCCUGUGACUGUUGGCCCUGGGGUAGUAGUAGAGUCUGAUUUGAGCAAUGCUAUCCGGACCCACCGAGAUCUUGUUAAUGGUCAUGCUAAGUUGUAUGAGAAAUCCUGCAACUUCUACAAGCAGAUAGCUCUGAGGUUAUGUGACUCAUCUAUUGUCCUCGAUUUGUUUGCUUGUUCUCUCGAUCAAGUUGGAGCAGCAGAAUUAAAAGUCCCAGUUGAGAACUCGGGUGGGUUCAUGAUGCUGGGGGAGUCAUUUGAAUCAGAUCAGUUCAGAAAUUGCUUAAGACACAUUUUUAGUCGUGAUGCUGAUGGCCAUCUAAAGAUGUGCUUUGAUGCAACAGUGGAGAUAGUAACCACAAAAGAGGUAAUGAUCUGUGGUGCUCUUGGUCCCUGUGUUUCUCUUCGAAGAAAAAACAGUGCAGUGAGUGUGAAUGAGAUUGGCCAGGGGGAUACCAAUUUGUGGAAAUUGGGCGCACUUACAAACAAGACAUGCAUCACAUUUUUCUUUGAAGUGGGUGAUGAGCAGAAAAUACCACCAGGGUCAGCAUUCUUCGUCCAGUUCAUAACUCGGUACCGGGAUGGGAGCAUGGGACUUCGUUCACGAGUGACAACUGUAGCCAGAAGAUGGGUUCAGACCCGCUCACCAGAAAUUGCCUCUGGGUUUGAUCAAGAAACAGCUGCUUCAGUCAUGGCCAGACUUGCCAUCCACCGAGCUGAGCGUUUUUAUGCUCGAGAUGUUAUCAGAUGGCUUGAUAAGACACUGAUUCAAUUUGCCUCCAAGUUUGGGGACUACAUUCAGGAAGACCCAUCUUCGUUCCGAUUGGCUUCCAACUUCUCCUUGUACCCGCAGUUCAUGUACUAUUUAAGGAGGUCACAGUUUAUUGAUGUCUUUAACAGCAGUCCUGAUGAAACUGCAUUCUUCCGGCUGAUGCUUAACCGGGAAGGGGUGACUGGGUCUUUAAUAAUGAUCCAGCCUACCCUUUUUCAGUACUCCUUUGAUGGGCCUCCAGUUCCAGUCCUCCUUGAUGUUAGCUCCAUUUCUCCAGAUGUAAUUUUGCUUUUUGAUUCGUACUUCAUUGUGGUUAUUCACUAUGGAUCUAAGAUAGCACAGUGGAGGAAGCUUGGUUAUGACAAGGACCCAAACCAUGUGAACCUGAGAAAACUGAUAGAAGCUCCAGAGAUCGAUGCAGCUCAACUGGUAGCUGAGCGCAUUCCCGUACCCAAACUUAUAAAGUGUGACCAGCACAGCAGCCAGGCAAGGUUUUUGCUUGCCAGGUUGAACCCUUCUGUUACUCAAAAGUCCAUGUACACAGUUGGCUCGGAGUUCAUAUUUACAGAUGAUGUAAGCUUGCAGGAAUUUAUAGAUCAUUUGCAAGCCUUGGCAGUACAAGGGUGAAGAAGACAGUCUAUUUUGCAUGGAGGUCUGCCCUUUUUAUUUUUUAAUUAUAAAUCCUUGUAUACUGCUUUGGAGAGUGAAAUUGUAGAUGUUCAUUUGUAUGAUAGUUUUCUGGUUCUUAUUGUUUACUGCUGUGUGUCAGUACU